GGGAGAUCCUGCUCAAAAAGCACUGAGGUGUGUGUGCACGGCAGGCAGAGAGAGAGAGAGAGAGAAGGAUCUUUUGGCUCCUCAGCGUACUUGUCCGGAGCGAGAGGUAGAGGAGGAGCAGCAGCGGCAUCGCAAGGUUCAUCGCGUAGCAGAAGAACACAGGAGGGGAAACAACGCGGGCGGGCGGCGGCAAACAUCAGCAAGAGCAGCAGCAGAGCAGCAGCCGGAGCAAGAAGCGCUACCCCGGCGGGGAAGAAGGGACUGGGCUAGCUAGACCUGCUCCGUGUAGAGUAGGCCGGUCGGCAUGGCAGACUCCGGCACGGAGAGGGCCAUGGCCCCGGAGGACAUGCCCCGCCUGGGCCCGACGUGGAGCCGGGGCGGGGGCAUGUUCAAGCCCCCCAAGAGGCCGGAAGGGCACCUGGAAGGGGUGGGUCACCGCACGACUUUGGGCGAGGACUGGCGGGUGCUGGGUAUUGGUGUUUCCUUGAACUGUUGGGGCGUUUUUCGGGACAAGGGGUUGUUGCUUUUUGCGGCAAGAGACCAGGAAGAGGGCGUUGGGACGGGGGUACCCUCGCCGGGCACUGGCGCUGGGGGGGGGCGGGCGUCCACCCUGGCUUCCUCGGCUGCCGAUCCUCCUUCCAGGAAGGCGCCGCCCGUCUUCGGGCACGCGGCAAGGGGCGGCCUAGAAGCGCUAGCCAGCGCCACAACCCAGCGCGGCUUCGCCCCCCGCGACGGCAGCGGCGGCCUCUCCGGGGGCACGGCGGCCGUGGAAACAGGAGGGGUAGGGGGUGUGCGCAUCGCCGCUGGGCCCCCGCCGCCGGAGACGGGCGGAGGCGGACUGGGACCACCGGGUCGCUGGGACCGGGAGCGCGCGGCUUCGAUCGAUAAGCGCAAGGUCCAGCGCUUCUCCCCGGAGGAACUGCUGGCCCUCAGGAGGGCCCCCACGAGACCGCUGGGCAAGAUGCCCGUCCUGGGUGGGGACAUCUCCAUUAUUGUGUCCGAGGAACCGCUGGAGCCGGUGACGGCCACUCCGGCCGAUCAGGAGGCCAUCAGCAGGGUUUGCGGGUGCGGUUGA